UAUAAUAACCUCAAGCACCCCAUAAAAACCCUUAUAUAGUAGUAUUCACCUUGUUUUCUACUAGUCACAUUUUUUCCUCUUGCUGUAAUAUUGCUUGGGCACACCAUAUCUCCAUACUCCAUAGCUAUAUGCAGCUAGGAGACACAAGUGUGUUGGAGAUCUCCUCCCAUAACCAGGCCGAGAUGGCGGUGGCGGCCGCGGCAACAGUGCCAGAAGGCGACAACGACAACGACAACGACAAUAACAAUAACAACAACGAUGGCGACAUGGUUGGGAUGGAGGUUGAUGGAAGUUCCGGCGAAGGAAAUAAUGAAGGUAAUAGGAUGAGCUUUGGAGGGAACCGGUGGCCCCGCCAAGAAACUUUGGCUCUCUUGAAGAUAAGGUCGGAUAUGGAUUCAGUGUUUCGAGAUUCAAGUCUUAAAGGUCCACUUUGGGAAGAAGUUUCAAGGAAACUGGCAGGACUAGGAUACCACCGAAGCGCAAAGAAGUGCAAGGAGAAAUUUGAGAACGUGUACAAGUACAACAAGAGAACCAAAGAGAACAAAAGUGGCAAAUCACAUGGAAAAACCUACAAAUUCUUUGAUCAAUUACAAGCCCUCGAAGUCUCAAAUAACCCGCCAAAACCACAACCUCCUUUGCCAACAACAACAAACACAUUAACAUUGCCAACAAGGCCAAGUGAUCAUGGUAACAAUGUUAUCUCUUAUGUCACACCUUUUCCUUCCACAAACCCUACACUCAUUUCUCCUUCACCACAAACCACUACAUCCACCACCAACCCUAGACAACCAUCACCACCACAAACCAACAACAAUAACAAUAUGCCACAUUUUUUGCCCAACAUGAACACCCCUUUCUCAACCACCUCCACCUCCACCUCUUCUUCCACAGCUUCAGAUGAAGACUUGGAAGAGAGGUAUAAGAGGAAGAGAAAGUGGAAGGACUACUUCAGGAGGCUCACAAAGAAGGUCCUAUUGAAGCAAGAGGAGAUGCAAAAGAAGUUCUUGGAAGCCAUGGACCAAAGGGAGAGGGAAAGAAUGGCACAACAAGAGAAUUGGAGGAUGCAAGAAUUGGCAAGAGUCAAUAGGGAACAUGAGAUUCUUGUGCAAGAGAGAUCAACAGCAUCAGCCAAAGAUGCUGCGGUCAUUGCAUUGUUGCAAAAGCUGUGUACCCAACAAAACCCCUCACAAGCUGAAGUAGAGCCACCACAACACAAGCCAACAAUGCCACAAACUCCAACACUAAUAAUGCCAAACAAUAAUUUUGAAAUCAUGAAGAUAAGUAAUGAUCACACUGCUACUAUUACUGUCACUACUCCUGUUACUGCUACUCCUGUUACUGCUGUUGAUGCUAUUACUACUGCUACUGCUGUCACCGCUACUGCUACUUCUCCGAUGAGUUGUUCUUCAUCUAGGUGGCCAAAAGCCGAAGUUCAUGCUUUGAUAAGGUUGAGGACGAGUCUUGAUACCAAGUAUCAAGAAAAUGGACCAAAAGCUCCAUUGUGGGAAGAUAUAUCAAUUGCAAUGCAGAGGCUUGGUUACAACCGGAGUGCGAAGAGAUGCAAGGAGAAGUGGGAGAACAUCAACAAGUACUUCAAGAAAGUGAGGGAGAGUAACAAGGAAAGGCGUGAAGAUAGCAAGACAUGUCCCUAUUUUCAUGAGCUUGAUGCUCUAUACAAAGAAAAGAACAAAUCCCAGAACCCCUUUGGCAUGUUCCAGAACAUGAGGCCGAAUGAGAUGAUGAUGAUGGAGCCAUUGAUGGUGCAACCUGAGCAACAAUGGAGGCCUCCACCUCAAGAGGGUCAAGGGAAGGAGAAUGCAAGUGAAGAAUAUCAAGAAAAAGAAGAAAAUGGUGAUAAUGAUGAUGAUGUUGAUGUUGGAGAUGGAGAUAGUGUGGAAGCUGAAGGAGAAAGCCGGUUUGAGAUUGCGACAAACAAUGAACAUGCUUCAGUGGACACAGUUGAAGGAGACAAGAUAAGGAAUUUUCUAAAUGUUGAAAUGUUACGUUUGUUUAAUUUACUUUUAACUUAUGUCGAAAAAUUAGUCCUUUAUGGUUUAUCAUCAAUUCUUUGAAUUUGUUUUCUAAAAAUAUGAUUAUUUCUUAAGAAAGCAAUUCUUGGGGUAUAGUCUUACAGUUUUUGUUUU